AUGUCAGACAAGAUAAACCAUAAACAACACUUUAAUGAACUAAAAUUUAAGAAUUAUAACAAUAAACUUCUAUUUAAAAUACAAUCUUUAGACAAGGAAAAUGUGAAAUGUUGUGACUGUAAGUCAACCGUUGAUGUAGACUGGAUAUCGGUAAACCUGUUAUGUGUUUUAUGUAUCAAGUGUUCCGGUAUACACCGUUCUCUAGGGUCACAUAUCUCAAAGAUCAGAUCUUUGAAAUUGGACAAAUUUGAGGAUAACUUGGAACUGAAGUUCUUGAUCACCAACUUCACUGCAAACAGUUUUGUUAAUGAUAUCUACGAAUAUAAUUUGAAUGAAAACCAAAAGCUAAAGCCCAAUUGUACAGAUUUACAAAGGUCCAAUUUCAUUAAUUUGAAAUAUAAAACUAAGAAAUUCAUCAAAAGAGCAAUUGAUAUUGAUUUAGAUCAUAAUGAGGUUCUAAAUAAGUUUUUGGAUGUUUUGAAAUUGAACAAUGUUAGAAGGUUGUACAAGUUUUUAUCGAAGUUAAUUAAUACUAAUUUGAAACAGCUGUCCAUCAGUUAUAGAAACUCUUUCGAUUCAACUUUAUUCCAAGUUAGUUUAAAUUAUUAUCGUGUACAGAGCAACAAUGAUCAAAGGUUAUACAUAAUAACGGAGUAUUUGCUAUGGAAUGAUAUGAUCAUAGACAGUAAUAGAGAUGAUCUUGCUAUCAAUUCAAAUAUUAUGGCUAAUCACCAAAUAGGUUCCACCGAACUGUCUAAAUAUUGGGCGUUAAAAAUUAAAACAUUUGGUCUUUACGAUUCAUCACAAUUAUCAUACAAGCCAAUUUCGUCAAAUAAGAGUAAUAUGCAUAUUACUACCACCAUUAGUAAUAACACUACUGCAAACUCUUCUGCAUCAAGCAAUAACACGUCAUUGUUACGUAGUAAAUCAAAGAAAAGAUGGAGUCUAAGUUAUAUACCGAAAUCACCAACGCAAAAUAUUAUAACAUUACACAAUGCAUUGAAGACUAUUAAAGAUAGUACUAUUAAGAAAUAA